GCAAUAGCCCGUAAGCCUACCCGUGGAUGGUGGGGCUGUGCAAUUGUGGCUUGGCCCGUGUAGCCUGGAAAACGUCACCUGGCUGUUCCAUGCCGUAUCUUUACUAUACCCUGACCACACCCGUAAUCAUAAUUUCUGACCUUCCUCCGCUGUACUUCCAAUGUUCUUUUGCCUAUAGUUCCUCUUUCGCAGCCAACGUGUUUGUAUCUUAAUAACUAGUUGAUAUGGUCGCCACACUACCCUCAAGCUCAUCCAAGCACCACUUCUCCAUCUCAAGCAUCAUCUCAAAAUUUCGGGUAAGGAAAACGACGGGCAACGACAAGAACGGUGCGCAAUCAGUGCAAGAUGCACCACUAGAAGCGCGGCCGCCACUGAAGCCGGGAAUGUUACCCUUAGUCCUACCAGAGCAUCAACAAACUCUAUCGAGACUCGGUUGGACCACUGUCACUUUUCCAAACUGUUUGUCAGCACAAUCAUCCCCAGACUUGAACGAGCCCCAUGCGCCAGAGCCUGGAUCUCAUCCUCUUCAGACUGCCUACGAGCAGCUAUUCGCAGCAAGUCAAGCUUUCUUCAACCAGCCCGAUAAGGAAAAGCAGCAAUGGAAGCACAAACUUAGGUCUGAAGAGGGCUGGUCCAAGAUCCCAGGAGAAAAGGAAUUCAUCACUUUGAGAACCCUGGAGUAUUGCCCGGAAGUCUUAAGAGAGCCUGCUGAGAGAUAUUGGGAUCUCAUCGGACAACACUGCAAAAACACGUUGGGCAGAAUCUCGACGUCCCUGGGAUUGCCAGACGGCGAAGAUGAGGGACUGAAGCAAUACGUAGGACCCUGUGGUUUAUUUCAAGAUUCAGAUAAGAAGAAAACAGCGACGAUGUUGCGUUUAUUUCGAUAUGAAGGAUGGGAAGCGAAGGUCGUCGCUGAACCGCAUGCUGAUCUAGGACUACUAAGUGUGGUGGUGGGGGAUGUGCCUGGCCUGGAGGUCUGGGAUGGAGCCGACUGGUUCGCUGUAGAGAAAGUAGUCGAGGGUUCUGGGAGAAAAGGAGCUACUAUGCUUGCUGGACGGCAACUCGAACGACUCUCCAAUGGAAGAUAUCCUGCUGGUGGCCAUCGCGUCGUAGCUUAUGGAUCCAUGGAACCUCCAACAAGCCCCACCCAAUCUGCUCCGCAGCCUUCUUCCACUAAUUGCGCUUCUGUCGAUGACAAAAGAUACCGGUUUUCGAUUGUCUUCGUUCUCCGUGCUCAUGAACCUACUAUUAUCAAAUCCGAUUCCCUAGAGACUGAAGUCACCGGCAAAUGGGCUGAACCUAUGAACGGCAUUACUGCUGGUAAAUUUUACGAGAAGAUUCGAAGCCAGCAUUUCAAUAUCAACAUCGACAUGGACGAGAGGGAGAAGCAAAGGAACAAGCUAAACAACAUCAAAGGAGGGAGGAAAGACGAGAGAUGAAAGCCUGUGAAAGAAGGCGAGUUGAGCAGUGAUUGAAUUAGUUCUAUCGUAUUUUAGACAUGAUUGCAUAACUUUUGACAGAAUCAAUCCAUACAAUCAUACAUGUCGCUGCAAGGAGAGGAGCUAAUCAG